CAACAACUUUUUAUACUGUUCGUAUAUAUGUAUAUUUCUUGUACUCUGAACAAUCUCCAUCUUGGAUAGCGAAAACAGAAGUUGUUUGUUGGGAUUGCGUUGGAGUUUCGCUGGAAACUCGUUCCCCAAAUUGCAUGUGGGUUGGGUUUUUAAACGUUUUGCUUUCGUUACCUCUUUUAUUGUAGUUUUGCAGAAUUGGUGUGUAUGGCUUUCGGUGUGUGUGCUUUUAGCAUAAAGUAUGAAAUCGUGUGUUACACAUAUCUUCAGCACGUUACUCUCUAUUCAUGUUUGUGUGUAUGUAUGCUCGAGUGAAUGUUCGUAUGUGUUUGUGUGCAUGUUUUUUCGUAUAGUUGUGCGUUUUCUGCUUAAUGCACGCCGCCAACUGGUGCGCCAACCAACAUCAAGCUACCGGUAGCAGUGAAAACAGUCCGAGUUCGAGUUUGUCGAUAACAGAAUGCGGAGGAGCCGCGCGCUUGAUUAAAUAAACAAUUAGCCGACGCGAAUUUAAAAGCAUAGUAUAUGUGUAUGUGUAAAACAAUAAAAAUAUUUUUUAUUAAUUGGUAUGAUUUUAAACAGUGUUUAAGUUUUAAUAGCACGUCAAGCAUAUGCAUACAUACAAAGAUAAUAAAUACAAACAUAUAAUAAUAAUCUUAUUUUAUUUUUUCAAUUAUAAAAUUUUGAAAUUGAAUUUUUUAACGAAUAUUUUAAACUAGUGCGGGAGUUAACUAAAAUAAAUACGUGCAACACUGUGUGUCGAAAUAAAAAUUAUGAAUAGUAUACUGGUUUGAAGUGAAUUCAAUAAACAAAAAAUAUACAAAUAUCUAUUGAAGCUAUGAAAUAAAAAAUAUGUGCAAAUAAACAUAAAACUGCCUCUAAAAAUAACACAUAUAUAAUAUAAUAAUAAAUUUUAUUAUAGUUACAAAAAAAGGUAAACUACUCUUCCACAAAAGUUAUCAACAAUUUAAACAUCUCUUCAUCACAACCGAUAAAGUUUUUGUAAAUGUUUUCCAAAAAAAAAAUAUAUAAAAUAAUAAAAUCAAACAUAUGUGUAAUAUAAAACUUGUAUAUAAUCGGGACCAUUAUUUAUGAAGCAGAGUGCUUUCUAGUCAAAAAAUGUAAAUAUACUGUGUUUACUUGAACAAAGAUUUUGCAGAUAUUCGCACCAUAUGUUUAGAAACUCAUAGUUUAUUACUAAGUUCUUUAAAAAUAUCUUGUUGUUAUCAAGAAAGUGACACAAACAUAAUUGCAGAAAACAUUUUAAAACCCCAGACUACGAAAGACCACUGCAACAUGGCUAUGUGUGGAACCAGCAGAAAAAAUACGCUUUAUAAUUUUCGUUAAUAACAUAAAUCAAAGUGAAUUCGAACAAUGGUGUUUAUUUAAAAAUAAAUGUGUGUAAUUCAAACGCAAACAAGGUCAAAAAACCUUUUUAUAUAAAAAAAUGUAAAAAUACACUUGCAUUUAUUGAAUAAUUCAUGAAAUAUUACAGUGAAAUUAAUUAGUUGUUGUACGUAAAGUAAACUGAAUUUUUAAAAAGUGCGUAAUAAGCAGUAUGUAAAAAAAAAACUUUUUGUGCGUGCGAAAUAUUUGUUUGAAAAAUAAAUAUACAUAUAUAUAUACAUUGUGACGGGAAUCAGUAUCGACCUCUCCUACAACGCCUCAAACGUCGCCCAGUGAGCAUCAUUCCCUGCAAACGCAAUUUCAUAGUCAAUUGUCACGACAAGCUUACAGCAGUCACCUGCCGUUUGGUCAGUCAACUGCGUCGCAACCACAACAACUCCCCACAAAAAUGUAUCACUCCAGUGCGGGAUACCCGGAUCUGACGGGUGGUGCGGCCGGCAAUGGCGGCUACCACCACCAAACGGCUAUGAAUGCGCCCGUCUAUGUACCCUCGAAUCGCGCACUCACCCAGAGUCAGUACAAUCACGUGGCUACACAUUUCGGCACUGCCGCUGCACAAAACGCCUGGACGACAGACAGUUUUGGCACGGCGCAUGCACAACUGCCAGCACAAUUCUAUACGAUGGGCUCUUGGCGUGCCGCCUAUGAUCCUACCGGCUUUCAGCGCUCGUCGCCCUAUGAGAAUGCGAUUGAUUUCCAGUUUGGUGAAGGUCGCGAAUGUGUGAAUUGCGGUGCGAUAAGCACUCCGUUAUGGCGACGCGACGGUACCGGUCAUUAUCUGUGCAACGCUUGCGGUCUCUACCACAAAAUGAACGGCAUGAAUAGGCCGCUCAUCAAGCCGAGCAAGCGACUGAUUUUAUCCUUGCAGACGGCAACACGAAGGCUGGGCUUGUGCUGCACCAAUUGUGGCACACGCACCACAACGCUUUGGCGUCGCAACAAUGAAGGCGAGCCCGUGUGUAAUGCGUGUGGGCUUUAUUUCAAGCUGCAUGGCGUCAAUCGACCGCUAGCCAUGCGAAAGGAUGGUAUACAGACACGCAAGCGCAAACCGAAAAAGUCAAACGGCUCGACGGAUGCCUCGAAAGAUGGCAAAGAUGAUGAUUUGAAAACAUCGCUUGCUUUAGAGCGCCACAGUCUGCCUUCAUCUAUCGCACUCUCUGCCAAACUGCAGUCGGAUAUGGCACUCAAAGGAAACAGCAGUCUCAACAACACACUUAGUAGCAUGAACAGUAGCAAUUCGUUGCAUAACAUCGGUCUGAAUGCUAUGAAUACUUCGCCUUCCUCCAGCGGUUCAUUACACAAUCCGCUGAGCCAUCAUAUGCAUUUACCCUCCGCAGCCGCACAACAAUCCCGCCACUCGACAAUUUCGCACACACAUUCACACUCGUUGGCCUCCACCAGCAAUACACCCACCGUGCACUCAGCCAGCACAGCCUCAUCACUAAGCUCCAACAUGUAUUCGCCUCAAAGCAACGCGAGCGGUGCUCAACUGUCCACCUCGAGUUUCGGUUCACAUGUCAUCUCCAAGUACGAGCACCUGCUUUCCACCAGCGGCAGCGGUGGUGGUGGCGGUGGUGUCAGCAGCAACAUUGGCAAUCUCAACAACUCAUCCACUAGCGCUGUCUCGCUCUCCAACGGUAUCGCCACCAGCACGCCCAGCCCGAAUUACCAUCAUUCAGCUGCGGCGGCGGCACAUCUGCAUCAUCACCAUCAUCAUCAUCAUCCAACCGCGACGGCCGCGCAUCAUGCAGCGUCGCAUCAUGCUGGUACACAUCACUCGGCAGCCGCGUUGGGUCAGCAUAGCGGCAGCUCGCACCUCAGUUCGGGUGAUGGCAAUGCGGGUGUUGGCGGUUAUAGCGUCAAAUCGGAGGCCAAUGCCACCAACUACGAUUAUGUGAGUAAUUGCUACUUUGGAGGUUCGUUUCCGCCACUGAGCGCCUCCACAGCGGCGUCUGCUGCCGGUGGCGGCAUGAGCAUGGGCAUGGGUAUGGGCGUGGGUAUGGGUGUUGGUAUGCAUGGCAUGCACGGCUCAACGGGCGAACUAGCCAGCUACCAUCAUCAUCAGCACAAUGUCAUACAGGCGGCCAAGUUGAUGGCCACAUCGUAAAAGUACAUACAUAUGUUAGUGUGAAUGGUUUCUCAAGAGAGAGACAGAGACUUUAAGUGCUUUCAGUAAAAUAUCUAUGAACUUUCAUCAAAUUGUAUUGUAUGCAACUGCGAUUUUAGUGUUAUCUCAAUUAUAUUGUACAAAUAUUAUUAAAAAUUAUAUAUAUUUAAUUUGUUAGAAUUCCCAUAAUCAAAAUUUCCCUGUAAUAGUUAAGUUUAGCGCUUAACAGAAUGUUGCAAUCUGUUGAUCGUUUCUCUAAUGUGUAGUUUAGUAAUGUGAAUGUGAAUUAGAUCUGUAAUCAAAUUAUAUGCAUUACAAUUAGCAGUCUUAUAGACUUUACAUACAGAUAAAUGUGUUUGUAAGUAGUAUUAAAUGAAAUUUAUAUUAAAUGCCAAUAUGUUCACUGAAUAAUAUCGAAUUGUAUUAUAAAUAGCAUAAGUGCAAUAUAAAGAAAAGAACUAUAA